AUGAAGAUCAUUUCUUGGAAUUGCAGGGGCAUUGUCAACAGACGUGUUAGGAACCAUGUUAAGCAGCUUCUGACCACGUCCAAGGCUGAUGUCAUUUGCCUCUUAGAAAUUAAAUCUUCUAAAGCGGAGAACAUGGUUAAUCUUGCUUUUAAGUUGGGUUUUAAUAAUCACUUUCUGGUGGACCCUCUUGGUUUUGCGGGGGGGCUUUUGUUGUUCUGGAAGCAGUGUCAGAUUGACCUCGAGGUUAUUGGACACAAUUCCCAGGCCAUUCACACCAAAGUGGAUAGGUGGCCUGGGGUCUGUUUCUUUACUUUUGCAUAUGUUAGACCUAACCUUCAAGCUAAGUGCAGGUUCUGGGAUUAUUGUAAGUCGCUUGCCAACACCACUCAAGCUCCCUGGUGUGUGCUAGGGGACUUUAACGACAUUGCUAGUAGUGAAGAACAAUGGGGCAGUGAUUCUGCUAAUCCUAAUCAGAUUCAAAGGUUCAUUGAUGCUUUUGGUGAUUGCAAUCUGAUUGACCGAGGUGCUGCAGGGUCUAACUUCACAUGGUACCGUUAUGUGGGGAACCAGGUGACACAGAUGAGAAGGCUUGACAGGGUGCUCUGGAAUAUGAAUGCUCAAUUAGCUUUCCCUGAAGCGAAGGUUGCCGUCCUUCCUCGGCUCCACUCUGACCAUAGUCCUAUUAUGUUUAUAGAGGAAGCAGGUAGCCCUCCUGAGAGGAGCCUUAGACCUUUCCGUUUCGAGGCGGCUUGGCUCACAAGGGAAGAUUAUAAUUCCAUUUAG